AACGUUGGCAAUGAUGCAGCCUUAACAAGUCUAUAAAUCCCUAGAGGGUCAACCACACCAACGUGCUCAACCUCAUGGCUCACCAACUCCACACAAACUCCCUCCCCACUCUUCAUGCCUCCUCCAUGUACCCUGCAUCCCAAAUCCCCUCCACCUCUCUCAAGCUCAAAACCUUAGUCCAAUCCUACAUCUUUCAACAAGUCGGUCGCCGUGUCAUUCGAGCCCUUGCCUAUGCUAAGUCCCUCUUUGACCUCCUCAACACAAAGGUCGUUGAUGAUAACAACAAAGGAUAUAAAGUUGAGCUAGAAAGGAGGAAGAAGAGGAGGAGGAGGCGGAAGGAGAUUUCUCAUGUCAUUAAGAUGUGUUGCAUUAUGUCCUCGUCCCACGUGACGCCCAUGUCGGAGCCCGAGAGUCAAGCGUGCUAUGACUCUAGUCGGAAUUCGGUGGUUUUGAAUGAUCGAACCGGAGGCACUGAUGACAUGGAUGGAUAUCUUCAAUGGCUUGAAGAGAAGGAGCAUGGCAAUGAUGAUGAAGAUGAUGGCGCGAGUGAGAAUAAUAUCGAUCAGCUCGCGGAGAAGUUUAUAGAGAAAUGCCAUGAGAAGUUUAGGUUAGAGAAGCAAGAGUCGUACAGGAGGUAUCAAGAGAUGCUUGCUAGAAAGGUUGGAGGUUGA